UUUCAAAGUUAAGGAGGAGCCGCGGAGGAAACAGGUAAAGGAGAGAAGGCCCAAUGCGAACCGUACCUCGGGGAGCCAAAACGCCAAAAGCCUCGCUGCGCUCGCGCGUCCCUCUGUUGUGGGUUCCUGUGCUCUGCUAGGGUUUUUAGAAAUCGAGAGAAGGGGUUCAACAAGCGUUUCGCCGGUAAGUAUGGCGGCGACCAGGGUUUUCGGAGCAUGUAGUAGAGCACUGAUGGCGGCAGCGGCGAAGGGGGCUGCGUCUGGUGUUAAGACUGCUCCGAAGACGGCCGCACCGAAAAGUCGAGGCAGCACCGCCUUACAGAAGAUGAUCCCUGUCUCGCCGCAGCUUGGCAAAUUUCUCGGUGCCUCUGAAUCUUCACGCGCUGGUGCCGUCAAGAAAGUGUGGGAUCACAUCAAACUCCACAACCUUCAGAAUCCUACGAACAAGAGGGAAAUUGUUUGCGAUGAGAAGUUGAAGACCAUUUUCAAUGGGAAAGAUAGAAUUUCUUUCACAGAGAUUGCCAGAUAUCUGUCUAACCAUUUUUGAAGUCGAGCUAAAGCUCUUCUUUGUAGGGCACUUAGUGAAGAUUUCUGUAUUGAUUAGCGCAGUUUUACUGUCUUGUUUUUAGCUGGUUCCUUUCGGGCUUUUGUGCUUCAAAAUGCAUCCUUUAUAAACCCAGUUUGAUCAGUUAUCAAGGAAACCUGGAAAUCUGUAAUAUGCAUGACAUGUUGGUUUGAACGCGCUCGUGCGUUGUCUGGUAUUUGUGGGCUUAUAUAAGCUGUUUAUCAAGGUGCCCUUGGCUGAACUUCAAUAUUAGCAGGAUUAUAUGUCAGAUGAAGCUUCUGCUUUUCCCAUUUUAUAUAUGAAACAUUUUCACUCAAGGUACAAUUAUUUAGAU